AUGUCUACUGAAUCGUUUGACCAACUCUCCGAUGUCAGCGACAUCAGCAGCCAUCACUCGGAUUCGGAUCAGGAUCAAAUGAUGGUACUCGUCCGGCGACAAAAGCAGCUGGAACGUGAAAGAGAUGCGUUUGUUCUUAUUACGAUGAUUCUUCUCGCCAUCUACUUAGUCACAGUUCCUAUUCUAAUAAGAUACAAUCCCAAUCAAACAACUGAAAUUGCACCAAUCAUCACCAACACCACCAACACAACCGACACCUUCAAUCCCACGGAAUACAUGAAAACUCUGGGCAAACGACGAAUGAUGAGAACGAGCGAGAUCUUGGAAGACCAUGAAAAAGUGGCCAAAGCGCAACGAGUGGUAGAAUCAAAGGGAUGGAGGAGAAUUGGAGAUGUGCCGGAGUACUACUGGGACAAGUUUAUGCCGGACAUCACACGAUUCGAAGGUGUCGAGACGUACCUCUACAAGACGAAGCAGAAUGGCACCCGAGUGGAAGAGGCUCUCUAUUUCCACCCAAUCAAAUUUUGGAAGGUCAGUGAGGAUGGGUUCAUCAACACUUUAUUCGAGAUGUUCAAUUUGCGGAGCGCAAUUGAAUCUGGAUGGCCAUCACUGAAUCAUGGCAUCUUUGGUAUGGUCAACGUGGGUAGUUGCGAUCCGAAGACUGAGUGCCUCCAGGGUAAAUACAAAAUUGAGAAGGGCGAUCUAGUUUUCGAGCUCACUUUUACGAUGGAAGGAGGACAAAAGAUGAUUGUGAAAACUGUGUACUACGUUCCAGCGGAAACAUUUAUUUGA